GGAGGGGGGGGAGGCAAAGCCAUCCGGGGCGAGCGAGGCGCGCAGAGCAGCGGGGCUCGGCGGUCGCAGCCAGAGGCGCGCGGGAAGCCAGCAAGGAGGCGCCGCGGGCCGGAACCCGGGAGCCGGGGCCCGAGGAGCGGCGGCUCGGGGCAGCCGGAGGCCAGGUGCCCGCCCGCUCGCCCUAGCAGGGCGCCGCCCGGCUCGUUGGCGGCCGCGGAGCGGCGCGCCCCAUGCCCGUGUGUGGCCAUGUCCUACCCGCAGGGCUACUUGUACCAGCCGUCCGCCUCGCUGGCGCUCUACUCGUGCCCGGCUUACAGCACCAGCGUCAUCUCGGGGCCCCGCACCGAUGAGCUCGGCCGCUCGUCGUCCGGCUCCGCGUUCUCGCCCUACGCCGGCUCCACCGCUUUCACGGCGCCCUCGCCGGGCUACAACUCGCACCUCCAGUACGGCGCCGACCCGGCGGCUGCAGCGGCCGCCGCCUUCUCUUCGUACGUGGGAUCGCCCUACGACCACACGCCGGGCAUGGCGGGCUCCUUGGGGUACCACCCUUACGCCGCGCCCCUGGGCUCCUACCCGUACGGGGACCCCGCAUACAGGAAGAACGCCACGCGCGAUGCCACCGCCACCCUCAAGGCCUGGCUCAACGAGCACCGCAAGAACCCUUACCCGACCAAGGGCGAGAAGAUCAUGCUGGCCAUCAUCACCAAGAUGACCCUCACCCAGGUGUCCACCUGGUUCGCCAACGCGCGCCGGCGCCUCAAGAAGGAGAACAAGAUGACGUGGACGCCGCGGAACCGCAGCGAGGACGAGGAAGAGGAGGAGAACAUUGACCUGGAGAAGAACGACGAAGACGAGCCCCAGAAACCCGAGGACAAGGGCGACCCCGAGGGCCCCGAAGCAGGAGGCGCGGAGCAGAAGGCGGCAGCGGGCUGCGAACGGCUGCAGGGGCCGCCCACCCCCGCCGGCAAGGAGACCGAGGGCAGCCUCAGCGACUCGGAUUUUAAGGAGCCGCCCUCGGAGGGUCGCCUGGACGCGCUGCCCGGGCCCCCCCGCGCCGCCGGGCCCUCCCCGGCCGGGCCCGCAGCGGCGCGGCUGGCGGACGAGCCGGCCCCGCAUUACUCCUCGGGCGCGCCGGCCCCGGGCCCGCACCCCGCCGCGGGAGAGCUGCCCCCGGCGCCCGGCGGGCCCUCGGUCAUCCACUCGCCGCCGCCGCCGCCUCCGCAGGCGGUGCUGGCCAAGCCCAAACUGUGGUCUCUGGCCGAGAUCGCCACCUCCUCGGACAAGGUCAAGGACGGGGGCGGCGGGAGCGAGGGCUCGCCGUGCCCACCGGGCCCCGGGCCGGGAGCCGGGCCAGCGCUAGCCGGCAGCCGCGCGUCGCCGGGCCCCGCGCCGUCGCGCUCGCCCUCGGCCCAGUGUCCCUUUCCAGGCGGGACGGUGCUGUCCCGGCCUCUCUACUACACGGCGCCCUUCUAUCCCGGCUACACGAACUAUGGAUCCUUCGGACACCUCCACGGCCACCCGGGCCCCGGGCCGGGCCCCACAACCGGUCCGGGCUCGCAUUUCAAUGGAUUAAACCAGACCGUGUUGAACCGAGCGGACGCUUUGGCUAAAGACCCGAAAAUGCUGCGGAGCCAGUCCCAGCUAGACCUGUGCAAAGACUCUCCCUAUGAAUUGAAGAAAGGUAUGUCCGACAUUUAACGCGGGCUGCGGCGGUCCCGGACUUUGCUAAUUUAUUAUAAAAUCAUGGCCUUGGCAGUUAUAUUUCCAUCAACUGAGAGAGAGAGCGAGAGAGAGAGAGAAAGAGAGAGAGAAAGAGAGAGACAGAAAAAAAAACACUAUCCCUCCUAUUAAAAAGUUUAGUUCAUGGAGAUGGAAGGCAUAAAAAUGUAAACAUCUCCGACACAUAAAAAUGUCUUAACCACCCGAAAAGAAAAACUUUAAAAAAAAAAGGAUUUGUAUUAAAUCUUAUUCUGUAUAUUUAAUGUAGCAUUUUUGUAUUUAAAUUGAUAAUUCAAUAUCUUUGAAGUAAAUUAUGAAAAUAAGACACC